GGGAACCUUCCUCUCAUCCUGGCACUGUCGUGACAUGACACUGCAGCAACGCCACUACAAACAGCAGAUUGGCUGGCACAGCAGCCCGCAAUAGUGUGUUUUCCACUGAACUGUUGUGUUUCACCAGCUCCAGGUAGAUUCUGCUGAAAAGCAGCAGGUAGCUCCUCUCUGUCAGUAACAACUGAUGGAUACGCGGAUUGGCUCGUUCCAGCCCGCCGCUCUCAUGCUCCUCCUCUCCAUCGGAGUCCUGCCUGCGCUGCGCUUGUUGCAGUGAGCGCGGAGGGUUUGUGCGCUCUCGGGUUAUGAAGUUGUGGACAGGAGGAGAGGAUAUCGGUGACAGCAAGACGCGCAGAGGAGGAGAAAAGUAGAUGCUCGUUGGUGUCGUUCCACUCUUCAUUCUGGGGAAUACGCUUAAAUCGGGAGAUUGCGGCGGAGAAACGCGCUGAAACGAGUUUGUGGCAUUUAACUGGGAGACCAAGCAUACCCAACAGUAUGCGGUGCAGUUAUGGCAGGCAAGGGUAAGACAGUCGUGAGGACGCUGGAGGAUUUAACGCUUGAUUCUGGUUAUGGUGGAGCCGCGGACUCGGUCAGGUCGUCCAGCGUGUCGCUGUGCUGCUCCGACACGCAUCAGUCCAUCUCGCAUGGGGGAAACUGCUGGCAUCUGACGGAAUCCAUGCACAGCAGACACAACAGUUUGGACACAGUCAACACCGUCCUGGCGGAGGACACGGAGAUACUGGAGUGCUCGGGUCACUGCGCCAAGCUGCCCGAGCUGGAGGAGGUGCCAUGGACCCUGGGCGAGGUGGAGGGCGCGCUGAGGAAAGACGAGGAGCUGAUGGUGGGCAACCCGCCACCGGAGGUCCUGGCGCGACUGUCGACUCUCAUUAGCCGCGCGCUGGUGAGAGUGGCCCGGGAGGCGCAGCGACUCAGCUUGCGCUACGCCAAGUGCACCAAGCACGAGAUCCAAAGCGCCAUCAAGGUGGUGCUCUCGUGGACCAUCUCCGUCAACUGCAUCACGGCGGCUCUGAGCGCCUUGUCCCUCUACAACAUGAGCACCGGGGACAAGUUCAGCCGAGGCAAGUCCGCGCGCUGCGGGCUGGUCUUCUCCGUGGGGAAGUUCUUCAGGUGGAUGGUGGAUAGUCGGGUGGCCCUAAGGAUCCACGAGCACGCUGCCAUAUACCUCACCGCCUGCAUGGAGAGUCUGUUCAGAGAGGUUUUCACCCGCGUCCUGCGCAGCGCGCUCGUGGAGAGGGACAACGGGAUCCCCAAGUUUACGCUGGAGUCAAUGGAGCAAGCCAUCUGCAACGACUCGGAGAUCUGGGGUCUGCUGCAGCCCUACCAGCACCUCAUAUGUGGCAAGAAUUCAAGUGGUGUGCUGAGCCUCCCGGAGAGUCUGAACCUGCACAGGGACCAGCAACGCUCCGGGAGGGGCAGUGAAGGUCACGGGUACACCCAAGCCGAGCUCCGGACCCUGGAGCAGUCCCUGCUCGCGACCCGAGUGGGAAGCAUUGCGGAGCUGAGUGAUUUGGUCUCCCGGGCCAUGCACCACCUCCAGCCGCUGCACAUCAAGAAUGCCAGCAACGGGACUCCGGUCCACCAGAAGGCCAACACCACAGUGCACUGGGAGCCCGAAGCCCUCUAUACCCUGUGUUACUUCAUGCACUGCCCGCAGAUGGAGUGGGAAAACCCCAACGUAGAGCCAUCCAAAGUCACCUUACAAACUGAGAGGCCGUUCCUGGUGCUGCCCCCGCUGAUGGAGUGGAUCCGGGUGGCGGUUGCUCACACUGAACAUCGACGGAGCUUCUCUGUGGACAGUGACGAUGUGAGGCAGGCUGCCAGGCUGCUGUUGCCCGGCGUGGACUGUGAACCCCGACAAAUAAAAGCCGAGGAUUGCUUCUGUGCCACUAGAAAGCUGGACGCAGCCUCCACAGAGGCCAAGUUCCUGCAGGAUCUGGGCUUCAGGAUGCUCAACUGCGGUCGGACGGACCUGGUCAAGCAGGCCGUGAACCUGCUGGGGCCCGAUGGCAUUAACAGCAUGAGCGAGCAGGGAAUGACCCCUCUCAUGUAUGCCUGCGUUCGUGGUGAUGAGGCCAUGGUCCAGAUGCUUCUUGACGCCGGAGCGGACAUCAACAGCGAGGUGCCAAGCACAGUAAACAAGCACCCCUCAGUUUAUCCUGAAACGCGCCAGGGGACGCCACUCACUUUCGCCGUGUUACACGGACACGUCCCUGUCGUGCAGUUGUUGCUGGAUAAUAGAGCGAAUGUGGAGGGCGCCCUGCAGGAUGGGGCGGAGAACUACACAGAGACCCCACUUCAGCUGGCCGCCGCUGCAGGUAACUUCGAGCUGGUGAGUUUGCUUUUGGAAAGAGGGGCUGACCCCAUGAUUGGAACCAUGUGUCGAAACGGCAUCUCCUCCACCCCGCUGGGAGACAUGAACUCAUUCAGCCUGGCAGCAGCACAUGGCCACAGGAAUGUUUUUCGGAAGCUCCUGUCCCAUUCAGACAAGGAAAAGGGGGAUGUGCUGUCCCUGGAGGAGAUUCUAGCUGAGGGUUCAGAUCCAGGGGAGAAGAGGUUGGCUCCCCAGGCCAAUGGUGGAGGGACCCUGCGAACAGGAAAGGCCAGACUGAGGGCCCUGAGAGAGGCCAUGUACCAUAGCGCAGAGCACGGCCAUGUGGACAUCACCAUAGACAUCCGCAGCUUAGGUGUUCCCUGGACGCUGCACACCUGGCUCGAGUCCCUGCGUACCUGCUUCAUCCAGCACCGCCGACCGCUGAUCCAGGGCCUGCUCAAAGACUUCUGCUGCAUCCAGGAGGAGGAGUACACUGAGGAGCUGAUCACGCACGGCCUGCCACUCAUGUUCCAGAUCCUCCGAUCCAGCAAGAAUGAGGUGAUAAGUCAGCAGCUGUCAGUCAUUUUUACGCAGUGCUACGGGCCCUUCCCCAUCCCUAAGCUGACGGAGAUCAAGAAGAAGCAGACCUCGCGCUUAGACCCCCACUUCCUGAACAACAAGGAGAUGUCUGAUGUUACCUUCCUGGUGGAGGGGAAACCAUUUUAUGCACAUAAAGUUUUGCUGUUUACAGCUUCACCCAGGUUCAAGUCGCUGCUGCAAAACCGACCAGCAGCAGAAAACACCUGCAUUGAGAUCAGCCAUGUCAAGUACAAUAUUUUCCAUUUGGUGAUGCAGUAUUUGUACUGUGGAGGCACCGAGUCCCUGCACAUACGCAACACUGAAGUAAUGGAGCUCCUGUCUGCAGCCAAAUUCUUCCAACUAGAGGCCCUUCAGAGACACUGUGAGAUCAUCUGCUCCAAGAACAUCACCACCGAAACCUGUGUGGACCUCUACAAACACGCUAAGUUCCUUGGUGCCACGGAGCUGACGGCUUUCAUCGAGGGCUACUUCCUGAAGAACAUGGUGCUGCUGAUCGAACUCGAUGGCUUCAAGCAGCUCCUGUACGAACCUUCCCCCGCCGAGAGCCCCGUGUCCAGCCCCGGCAUCUGCUCCGACAUCCUCCACGACCUGGAGAAGACUCUGGCCGCACGCAUCCACUCCAUCCACCUCUCCACCUCCAAGGGCUCCGUGGUGUGACGUCAUCCUCACCGGAGCCCUUCGAUCCAACCACAGCAUCCAUGUAAUGCCACUUUUAGCAUCCAGCGUCCCGCUUUACUUCCCCGUUUUCCCCUGACCAAGCCCCCACCCCGCUGAUGAAGAGGAGCUGUCGGAUGUUUUUAAGUCAGGAAUUCCCUUUAAUUCUGCCUGUUGCAGCUCAAUGGGGGUUCAUGUUGCGACUUUCUGACCUUGAACUCUUUUGCCCUGUGGCUCCCAUCGGUCACUUCACACCCUGAAGAGUAAUAAAAACCUACAAGAAAAAACAAAAAAAACAGAACUGCCUUGACCCAACAGUAUCAUUUAGCUCUAAACCAUGAUUCUAAAAAAUUUCUAUUGUAUUUCAUAUAGGAUACGUGCAUGAAAUACAUAGGCUACUGUACACUGUUUUUCACUCGAAAAGGUAGAGUAGACUUUUAACUCAAUAAAUGCAGCUUCGUUAUCAUCUGCGAAAUGAGACUGUGGUUUACAAACAAUAAUACUUUAUGGAAGUGGAUGCCAUUACACAUGCCAAAAUCUAGAUAUAACCCUUCUAUACAACCAAUAAAAGUGAUUAGUAGCAAAGCCAGCAGGCGGACUUUUAGGUGGCUCUUAUUUACAUCUCAUUCUGUCUCUUCUAUGUUGGAUUCACUGUGUUAUAUCUACUGUGUGCAGAGGCCAAACUGAUCACAGGAACUUCCACCGUGGCCGACACUGCGGCCGGCACUCAUUCGACUAAAGACGGCCCACUCAGUGAAAUCUAUGCUGACUUAUGCUUGAAACAUGGAUGCCCAACUGGGAAAUUAACUUGCGAUAACGCCCACGGACGACUCUUUUUUU